AUGAAAAAAGGCAAGAAAGAAGAGAAGCCAGUUGCCACUGAUGUUUUUGAUCCUAUUCUUGUGGAAAGUAGACAGGCCUUUACAGUGGUGUUGAUGUUAAAGAGCCCUGAAACUGAUAUACAAGCAAGAGCAUGUGAAGCUAUUUAUAAAUUUGUCAAUAAAAGUGAUGAGAACAAAAGGAGUGUUUUGGAUUUGAAUCCAAUUGAUGAUAUUUUAGAACUGAUCAAAACUGAUGUCCGCAAGUUGCUAAGGAAGAGAAAAGAUGCUGUCCCUUCUCUUGUAGCUCUUCUUAAUCCUGAAGAAGAAACAAUUGUACUUGAAUUUGCUUCUCUGGCCCUCGGUUAUAUGUCUUGUGAAUAUGUCAGUAAGGCAGAAAUUUUUCGUAAUCAAGGUCUUGAACCUCUUAUUCGGUGCCUAUCAAAUUCUGAUCCUGAUGUACAGAAAAACUCAUUAGAAACUAUUACACAACUUUUGCUUAAUCACCAAUGCCAGAUAUGUAUGAAGGAUUUGAAUAGUUUUCCUCCCAUUUUGGAACUCAUUAAAUCUGAAUAUCCAGUUAUACAACGAUUAGCACUUUUAGGUCUUGAGAGAUCUUCUCAUGAUGUUGGCAACAGAGCUGCUUUGAGAGAACUUGAUAUACUCAACAUUCUGGUAGACAUUGUGGGUCAUCAUGAGUGGCCAGAUCUUCAUGUAAUGGCUGUCAUGGUACUGUCUAAUAUGCUGGAAGAUAUGGAAAGUGUUGAGAAAUUCAAAGAAGGUUCUGGCCUGAAGAAAUUAAUUGCAUUAGUCACUGACCAAACUCCACCAGAGGAAGAAGUACAACGGAAAGGGGAAAAGAAAGCAAAGUCUGGAAAGAAAGGCAAAGAAGGUCGUAGCAGUCGUCAGAGCCGAACAGGACGUGCCUCUGCCCACAGGUUUUUGUCCAGUCGAAUGGGAUUUGGGGAUGCAAUGGCUGAACAGGAUUUUAUUGAAGAAGAGGAUGAGUUCCCCAAUGAUCCUGUUGCAAAGGCACCAAAAGAAGAAGAUGCCCCUGUUACACCCACAGACGCUAUCUUUCCUACAUUACCUGAUGUGAAAUUAUGUGCAGCCAAUGCCAUUGGUCGGGCAGCAAGAAACAAGGAAAGCCGAAAAAUGUUACAUGAACAAGAGACUGAAAAGAUGUUAAUUAUUUUACUGAGCAAUGAUAAUCCAGCAGUUCAAGCUGCUGCUGCCCGAUCUCUUGCUGUAAUGUGUGAGAAUGUCAGUAGCAGAGUAUCAGUCUUGGAAUGGGAAGGAUUUCCUGCACUUAUCCGCCUGUUGCAUUCUGACAAUGGAGAAACACUAGAAGCUGCGACUUUGGCUCUUCAGUAUUUGACCACCUCAAACUCUGCAAAUUGCCUGGAAGUGUUGAAGCUACAUGGAAUUGCUCCUCUCAUUCAUGUACUGAAUGACACUAAUGAUGGAGCUGUUUCGAAUGCUGCAGCUGUGCUUACUAAUUUGGCACAAAAUGAGGUUAUACGAAAAGAAGUCUGGCAGAAAGGUGUCAUCAAAGCUCUGGUUAAAGCACUCAAAUCUACGACAAAUGAAACCAUACAGAGUAAUAUUGCAUUAGCUCUGGCAAAUUAUGUUUGUAAUCCCUCAUCACGAGAAAUGCUGCGGCAGGUGGAUGGCAUAGAACCUUUGGUUCAACUCUUAAAAUCAGGAACAAGUGAGGUUGUUCGAAAUGCAUCAUGGGCCAUAUUUGUGUGUGCAGCUGAUGAGGCCACAGCUGAGAAAAUUUGUAUUUAUGGAGGCUUAAAAAUUCUCCAAGAGAUUCACUCUUCUUUGACACGACGCAAUCAAUUUACUGAUGCAGCCUUGGAGCGACUCCUUGACAACAACUUGUCAGCAAAAUUCUCUCUCACUGGAUAUCUUGGUCCAACCAACAUAAUUCAAGAUGGUUUUUUUGAUGCUGGUCCUCUAAAACCUAAUUCUGAAUUUAAAUCCUUGGAAUACUUUUGCUCACAGAAACUGAAAGACCGAAAACCUAUCAUCAUGGUUAAUGCCAAGCUUUCGACACCACCAAAGAUAACUGAAGAAUAUGAACCCAAACAAGAAGAUUCAAGAGCAAGUUCAAGAAAUGCCAAAACCAAAAUAAACCGUGGUCGACAAAAGGAUCGUCCUGAAAAAGCUCGAGGAGGUGAAGAAGAAGAGAUCCAGAAUCAGACUCACUCAGAACAAAUGGAUGGUGAAGAAGGGGAAAAUGAAAAAGAAGAGAAGCCUUUCUUGCCACCUGACGAUUCAAAUCUAUUUGAAUACAUCAAGGAGGUCCAGUUAUGUAUCCAUUGUUCCUUAUCUGUCAGAGAUCAAGUUUCAGCUUUAGCAUCUUUUGUGUCGAAUAAAAUGGGAGGAGAAGUGGAAGAAAGUCAAGUGAAUAACUUUUGUUGGGAAUUGCCAUUAAGUCAACUGCAGUAUGAACUUGGUUCAAAUGUUGUUCCUAUUGGUGCUAUUAAAACAGGAAUCCAUUGCCAUAGAGCUUUGUUGUUUAAGGUUUUGGCUGACCGUUGUCUUAUUCGCUGUUCAUUGGUGCGAGGAGAAUAUAACAAAGCCUGGAAUGUUGUUCUACUUGGAGAUGAGAACAGCACAAAUGAAAAUUCUGAAAACCAUGCUGGUCAUAUUCUACUCAAGAAACAAACUGUGCACUUUCCUCCAAAAGCUUAUAUUGUGGAUCUGAUCUAUGAACCUGGUCGACUGAUGAAAGCAGAUUCUCCAGAAGCCAUGGCUUAUUGUCGGCUCUGA